AAUGAUUUUAUUUUGAUAAUUUAAGACCAGACAGACACCAAAGAGAGAGACAUUUUUUCUUCAUCAGACAACCGUAGAUUCAUUGACAGAUUCGUUCUCCUUUUUAUUUGAAACCAAUCCUGAGAUCAGUCAAAACAAAACAUAUAUCAACCAGAAAGUCAUUAUUGUCAGCUUGUUUUUUCAACUUUAGUCUUGUCAAGAGAUCUUGUUUUCGUAAUUUGGUGAUUGAAAGGGAGGGCCUUAUUGUUUGGUGAUCUGGGAUUCUGGGUGUUUUUGGGAUGCUUGAAUUCUGAUCAUUUGUACAGAUAUAAUAAUUUUAUAUUAUUGAGAAGAUCAUGGGAAUGGAUUAUUAUAACAUAUUGAAGGUGAAUAAGAAUGCAACAGACGACGAUCUCAAGAAAGCAUACAGGAAAUUGGCAAUGAAAUGGCAUCCUGACAAGAACCGCGACAACAAGAAAGAAGCCGAAGCCAAAUUUAAGCAGAUCUCUGAGGCCUAUGAGGUCUUAAGUGACCCUCAAAAGAGAGUGACUUAUGAUCAGUAUGGCGAAGAAGGGUUGAAAAAUGUGCCACCAUCUGGCAAUGGUGGAUUCCCCUUUGGUAAUGGUAGUGGCAGUGGCUCUAAAGGGUUCAAUCCUAGGAAUGCAGAAGACAUCUUUGCAGAAUUUUUUGGCAGUAGUCCUUUCGAAUUUGGGGCAGCAGGAGGUGGGAGGUCCACAAGGUUCCACUCUGAUGGAGGAGGCGUGUUUGGAGGUUUUGGAAAUGAAAAUAUUUUUCGUUCUUAUAAUGAGGGGACUGCACCAAGGAAACCACCACCAGUGGAAAGCAAACUACCCUGCACUCUUGAGGAGCUAUACUCCGGAUCAACAAGGAAAAUGAAGAUCUCCAGAACAGUAGUUGAUGCCAAUGGACAUCAAACGCAAGAAUCUGAGAUAGUAACCAUUGAUGUGAAGCCUGGAUGGAAGAAGGGAACAAAAAUUACAUUUCCAGAUAAAGGAAAUGAGCAGCCAGGUCAGCUCCCGGCAGACCUUGUGUUUGUGAUUGAUGAGAAGCCCCACAAUUUGUACAGAAGAGACAGCAACGACCUCAUUGUGAAUCAAAAGGUGACACUAGCUGAAGCACUUGGGGGUACCUCAGUGAGUCUCACCACACUUGAUGGGCGUAAUCUCUCAAUUGAUGUAACCGAUAUAAUAAGCCCUGGUUAUGAGCUGGUUGUCCCCAAGGAGGGAAUGCCGAUAGCAAAGGAUCAAGGCAAUAGGGGUGAUCUAAGAAUCAUAUUCGACGUGAAGUUCCCAACAAGAUUAACACAGGAGCAACGAGCAGGACUCAAGCGCACCUUGGGGGGUUGAUGAUUCAAGAGAUUUUUCUAUACAUAUUAGCCAUUAGCUUGAAUCAAGCCACCCAAAACAAAAGAUGAAAACCACUCUUCUGACAGACUCUGGUGUGUAACAAAGGGGAGAAGCAUUUGGAUAUUGAUAAAUCUAGCAGUUCUCUCUGUAACUCUUCUGACUUUUUUUGUUGUUACUGGUUGUUCAAUGUAAUUGAUUCUUUUUCUUGUGUUUCUUCAGUGGGUUGAUUGGGUUGAGAAGGUGGAGUAUGAGGAAUAUCUUGUAUUUUUUUAUACUUAAUUUAUCAAUGUAUUUUUCUGUAUCUUAUUGGUCAA